GGCGGCAUCGAAGCCGGCUCGUGAUGAAUUACAGAUGAUCAAGCGGAAGACUCGCAUACCUCUAUCAGAGGAGGGUCAGGGAGCCCCUAAAGCGGAAGUUUCUACAGUAGCGGUAACGGGGGUGACAGCCAGAGCGGAUCGCAUGGCGACAGUCCUUCUCGAUGGGAUGGAAGGUGUGCCUCCAGACAAGUUUUAUAUACUUGGUAGCGGGGCCGUAGAGACGAUAAUAAACGAUGGAGCGAUAGUCGAUGCUGUGAUUGAUAAUGGCAGUGAGGCUGUCAUCAUAGACGAGGACCUGGCAGUACAGGUUGGACUGGCCCUCGAUAGGUCAUACCUAUUCGAGAUAGAGACGGCUGAUGGGAGAAAGCAACAAAUCACUGGGGUUUGUCACAAGGCAGCCAUAGAGGUCCAAGGGGUAGGARUGACCCUGCCUGUCUUUGCAGUCAAGAACUGUAGCUCUGACCUGCUCUUGGUUCGAACGUGGCUGAGCCACGUGCAUGCGGUGACGAUAGAACGACCUGAUGGGAGUCAAACAUUGUCCAUUAGGAAGCCAGACGGGACACGGGUGAUGAUUGAGACAGUGGAGCCUCGGGACCCGAGGAACAGAGCAGCUCUCGCUGUGGGUGCAAGACCCAGUGAUCAGAUUAAGUCUUUACCCAUCUCCGGCCGCGCGGUGCGAUUUCGCGAGAAGAGAUAUGGACCACUGCUCACAGAGGAAGAAGGUAGGAUGGUGGAGGUAGAAGAUUUAGGAAGCCGGCUAAUAAUGGACAGCAACCCGUACCCCAAGGGAAAAGAUGAGGAAUUUGGCGGUAUGGUAUCCGUGUCUUUUUUAAGGGCACAGCCCCCUAUGGGGGGGCUCCCCAAGCGACGCAAGCGAGUAGCUCAAAAAGUUAAGCCACCGGCGGUGGGCCGCGAGCGAUCGGCACUGGAAGGGGUAUCAGAAGAAGAGAUCGCGAAAGAAAUCAAAGAAAAAAAGAAAAACGAGCCGCAACGCCUAACGGAAGAGAGGAUAGCAGGGAUUGACAUCGGAGAUGGAAAUUUGACCCCACAGGAACGAGAACGUGUGAUAGAAAUCCUGAAGACAUGUGAUAAGGCCAUAGCUUUCAGCGACGCGGAGCGCGGUAGGAUUGACCCUCGAUACGCUAAGCCAGCAAGGAUUUACACGAUACCACAUGUUCCCUGGAACGACGCGGGAUGGAAAUACGCCCAAAAGGAGAAGGAAGAAGUUAUCGCCUUCCUGAAAGAAAAGAUGGUUUUUCACGUUGCGGAGCCGUCUGAUAGCGCUUAUGCAAAUCGAUGGUUCUUCCUACGAAAGCCGAAUGGUAAGAUCCGAUGGAUCCAGAAACUUCAGAAGGUCAACGCGGUGACGAUACGAGACGUGGGCUCCGUGCCGCACGCCGAUUUACUAGCAGAAGGGGCGGCAGGUAGGUUGAUCUAUUCGGUCUGUGAUCUGUUCUCAGGCUAUGAUGAGGUACCGCUUGACCCUAGGGACAGACACCUCACGGCUAUGCAUACGCCAUUGGGACUAAUUCAAAUGAUGGUUGUCCCUAUGGGUUGGACUAAUGGGGUAGCCGUUUUUCAGAGAGCCAUGGUAGCCGUCCUUAAGGACUUCAUCCCUGAUAAGGUUGAAGUUUUUCUGGAUGACUUUCCUAUAAAAGAACCAGUAGACAGGGAUGAGACAGAGGUUAUACCUGGAGUAAAAAGAUUCGUCGAGCAGCACCUAACAGACAUUUGCGUGGUACUCGAGCAGCUGGACGAUGCGAAUUUGAUAGUCAGCGGGACCAAGAGCCGAUGGGUCGUCUCGACUAUUAAGAUCUUGGGCUUUAUAUGUGACUCGAGAGGACGCCGAGCAGACCCGGCGAAGUUAGACAAACUCCUGAACUGGCCGUCACCGUUACAUAGCCCAACCGAGGUCCGACAGUUUCUGGGAAUGGUCGGUUGCUGGCGUAUAUUCAUACGGGGGUAUGCGGAGAAGGCUGAGCCAUUGAGGUUACUCCUUCGAAAGACUGAAAUUUUCUACUGGGAUUCUUCGCAGGAACUCGCAAUGCAAGAACUUAAAGACGAAUUUAAGGAGGGAGGACGCGUGUUGGGCGUGCCAUUCUUUGACGAUGAGACCGAGAGACCCUUCAUAGUAUCCACGGAUGCUGGACCAUAUUCAGUGGGUGGUUUGCUGUCUCAGAAGGACGCUGGAGGGAAGGAAAGACCAUUAAGAUUUGAGAGUAAGACACUAAAUACGGCUGAGCGUAACUACAGUCAAUUCAAGAAGGAAAUGUUAGCUGUUCUCCGGUGUCUAAACACGUUCAGACACUAUAUCUAUGGGCGACGGUUCAUCUUGAGAGUAGACCCCACCGCGGUGCCUAUGUCCUCCAGAAGGACUUUAGUCUGACGGACCCGACCAUCGUCCGAUGGUUAAUACGGAUUCGGCUAUACGAUUA